AUGAGGGGCAGGAGGUUCACUGGAUUUGAGGAAGAUUUCUUUCACCCAGAGGGUGGCGGGGAUCUGGAAUGUACCACCUGGGUGGGUGACGAAGGGAGGAAAACUCACAAUCUUCAACUGGUGAAGAAACUGUGUGAUGCCACGGGGUGUCAACACGUGGUGGAUGUCGGGUCUGGACAGGGCCACCUGUCUCGCUACCUGGCGUUCGGACACGGGCUGCGUGUCACUGGGGUGGAAGCCGGAGAGGAGCUGGUCACAGCAGCCACAAGGUUUGACAGUGAGCUGCUCCUGAGCCUGCGGAAGGAAGCUGCAAGGAAGUUGGAGUGUCGCAGAGAUAUCCCGGAUGAAGAGGUCACUGGCCAACACCUCCCCCAUCAUCUGGUGGGCCGUGUUGGCAGUGGGGCCUCUGAGGAGGACCUGCUCCAGCUUCUGGAGGCACAGGGCAGCCCAGGGUUGGAGGGGAGCCCCUUUGUGCUGACGGGGCUCCAUGCCUGUGGGGACCUGGGCCCCACUGCCCUGCGCCAGUUCGCCCAGUGCCCCAGAGUAUUGGGGGUCACCACCGUCUCCUGCUGCUACAUGAAGGUCACCACUGGGAGCACUGCCGAGAGCGGGUACCCCAUGAGCACCUGGGUGCGGGGUCUCCCCGGGCACGGACUGCCCUACAAACUGCGAGAGCUGGCGUGCCACGCCAUUGAGGACUAUGCAGGCCGGCUGAAACAGCGGAGCACCGGGCUGAGGGUACACUGCUACCGCGCCACCCUCGAGACCAUCAUCAGGCAGAUCGACCCCUCACUCAAACGGCCUGGCGUGCAGACACCCAGGAAUGCUCACCUCCUCUCAUUCGAAGACUAUGCCCGAGCUGGCCUGCGCAGACUGGGCCUGGACGCUGAUGCCCAGUGGGACUCUGACCUGGUGAGUUCGAUGCUGGCGCAGGAGGCCAGGGUGCUGGCGUAUUUCUGCCUCUGCUUGGUGCUGGCCCCGGCAAUUGAGACCCUCAUCCUCCUGGACCGAGUGAUCUACCUCAAGGAGCAAGGCUUCCAGUGCAAGGUAAUCCCACUGUUUGACCCCGCCUUCUCGCCCAGGAACUUUGUGCUGGUGGCGGCCAAGGGUGACGGGCGAGUCAGUGACCUCCUCACCUGCCUGGAAGAGAGCGCCGGCCGUACCUGACCACCGUUGUGAACUUCAACCCACCCAGGAGACCGCUCUCCCUGUGUCUGCAUGUGACAGCGAUAUCUCAGGUUCCUUUGACAUUGAGAGCAAAUUGCACCACGGCCUCCACAGAGACAGUGGGGGUGGAGAGAGCUGGUGUGAACUCAGCCUGUGUGGACUCUUUCUAUGCCCAUGUGACACGAUAACUUCUGCAACGCAUACGGGAGACAUUUCCUUAGUCAGAGCAGCGAGGGAAGACAAAGAUUCCCAUUCUACUAAAACCUGCUGGUUCCGUUACUUGCGAGUAAUUCAGAUCAUCAGACAGGAGUUCAGUUCCCACCAUGGCAGAGAGAGGAAUUUAAAUACUUAAUGAAACUCCAGUCUCAGCAGCCAUCGGUGUGAACCUGGCGAACUGUUGUUGAAAUUCACUAAUGGGAGAAGGAACUCUGCCGUCCUGACCCGGUCUGGGCCUACAUGUGACUCCAGACCCAGCAGGGGCGGGAUCAACCAUUAACUGCCCCCCUCCACAAAAAGUGAUCAGGAAAGUCCUCUCAAGACAACUUGUCACCUCAGCCUUGGCAACGAGUUGAUGGAGUGAUAGUUGCGUCCAUUUAGCCCACUGACUGCAGCGAUUCAAGGAGGCAGCUCACUACAACCUUCUCAAGGGCAACUCGGGACAGGCUGUAAAUGCUGGGCCCAGCCAGUGACGAUGAUGAGUGAC